AUGAUACGAGGCUGCUGCAUCAAUGGAAGACUGGAAGAGAUGAUCGAUAUUUACAGUGAGAUGAUGAAUUCAGGUGUGAGUCCUGAUAAAUUGACUUAUAAUCUUGUGUUGAAAGCAUGCACUGAUUUAUCAGAUUUUGAAUAUGGUUUGAGAAUUCAUGAUCAGAUAGUUCAGCGUUCUAGUGAAUGUGAAGUUGAUGUUCUUGUUGGUACUUCACUCGUUAACAUGUACUCAAAAUUUGGUGAUGUUUGCUUUGCACGUUCUCUGUUUGACAGAAUGCCUCUUAGAGAUAUUGUAGCUUGGAAUGCCAUGAUCUCUGGUUAUUCGAGAAAUGGGUUGCUUUCUGAGUCCCUGUAUUUAUUUAAGUACUUGAGAUUAAUUAAAGAAAUUUCACCCAAUGAAUCCACUUUGGUAAGUAUUAUUUCUGUUUGUCGUGAUUUGGUUCAGCUGCAAUUGGGUGAAGCAGUUCAUGGUUUUUCAAUCAAAACCGGACUACUUCAAAUUAUUUCAGUUUCAAAUUCUCUUAUAGAUAUGUACAUUAGCUGUGGUUGCUUGGAUGUUUCUGCAAAAUUAUUUGAUCAAUUGACAGUGAGAGAUAGUGUUGCUUGGAGCUUAAUGAUUGGUGGGUACUCAGCUUAUGGGAGAGGCCAAAAGGCCAUGAAACUCUUUAGAGUGAUGAAAGUGAGUAAAGAAAUGGUACCCACAAGAGCAGUUCUUCUGAAUUUACUUCCAGCUUGUGCAGAUUUGGGAGCUUGGGAAGAAGCUGAGAAGUCGGUAGAGGAAUACACAAUGAACAGCCUGACAGAAUCAGAUGCCUCUCUCUCUACUGCGCUUCUCAAUGUGUACUUAAAAUGUGGAAAGAUUGACAAAGCAUUUAAGCUUUUUGGUGAGAGGUCUCAAAGAGAUGCCAUCAGUUGGAACGCCAUGAUCAGAGGCUUAGGGGAGCUUAAACUUUGGCAUCAAGCUCUGCGACUCUUCAUUGAAAUGUGGCAAGAAGGCCGUGAACCAGACCUCAUAACCAUGUUGAUUGUGCUUCCGCUUAUUGGGUCAAUUGCUUCUUUGAAGAGAGCAAAAGAAGCCCAUGCUUACGUGAUAAAAACAAAUUUACUCUUAGAAAUCCGAAUUGCUAAUUCACUUAUUGACAUGUAUUCUAAGUGUGGAUGUAUAAAAAUUUCGCAAAUAAUAUUCGAUAGCAUUCUAGAAAAAGAUGUGAUUUCAUGGAGUUCUAUGAUAUCAGGGUAUGCCAUGAAUGGAUGUAGUGAAGAUGCAAUUGAGCUAUUUCAUGCCAUGGAGAAAACUUGUACAAAGCCUAACAAUGUGACCUUUGUCUCUCUUUUAUCAGCCUGCACUCGUGGUGGUCUUGUAGAGAAGGGAAAGGAGUACUUCAAAUCCAUGAGAGAUGUACAUGGAAUCAAACCAGAGGCUCGCCAUUAUGCUUGUAUGGUUGAUCUUCUUUCUCGAGCUGGGUUUAUCUCACAAGCCCGCGAACUAAUGGAUUUUAUGGGAACUGAGCUCAGCACAAGUGGGUGGGGCUCUCUAUUGAGUGCAUGUCGGGUUCAAUGUGAAUCAUUGCAGAUAGGGGAAGAAGCUGCAAAGCAUUUGUUUAAUUUAGAGCCAAGAAAUGCUGCAAAUUACUUGGUUCUUGCUAGUAUGUAUAAUUCAAUGGGGAGAUCAGAUGAUGCUAAGGGUGUGUUGCGGUUAUUAAAAGAGAGAAGGGUGAAGAAGAUAAGUCCUGGUUGCAGUUGGGUUUGUUAA